CUUUGUUUGGCUAACUAAAGUGGAAUGAUACCUAACAGCUGCUACAUGGACCCCUGUUAAGAAAUGCCAUGUUAUUAAUCCACAAAGCAGUGAGUAGACGGACAAACGAGCAGGAAUGUGUUGGACUCAGCUAACAAGUUAAAUAAUUAACGUCGGGGUCAUACGCGAGGCUCCAACAACAUAAACUAGCUCACUUUUAGCUAGUUAGCGCUAACGGUAGCGGGGACCCCCUUUCCUGCUAACACCGGCUAGUUCUCAGGUCAAGUCAGGGAGCGACUCGCACUCUCUGGUGAAGUUACGUAGGGAGCGUGGCUGUGGGCGGAUCUGUGGUUGCCAGUAGCUAGCCAGGCUAGCAAUGACGGAUAGGAUUGUUCCUGCCGGGGUCUGGAUUCCGAGCCAGCAGGCAUGAUUUUAUGGAGACCACCAUACAAGGCCUGAGCUGAUUUGUCAGCCUUGUGUAGGUUGGUUUUCACCCCCCCAAGUGUCCUCUGAAUAUCAGCAGACUAUGGUGGUCUGAACAGAGGAAACGCAGGGAGAAAGCCUGGCACAGUGUGUGUUCACUCUAACACAGCAAGGCUCGACCGCGAGAGGAGCAGAGACGGACUGGAGCAAAGAGAAAAAGAAUAUUUAACACAAAAUGUCUCAAAACAGAGAACUGGUCGUUUUCUACAUAAAGUAUAAGCUCUCCCAGAGAAACUAUCCUCUCACCCACAUGGAACUCAAUGAGUCUCCCAACAGGACUGAUGGCGGGGAGGCAGGGUUGGUUGAGGAACAGCGGAUAGCGACGCACGCCAAUGGAACUUUUAAUGGCACGAGUCCUGGGACCCGUCCAGAGUCCCCGCAGCGGCAGCAACGGCUGCCGUCAACAACGAGCCUGGACGCAGUGAAAGAGGCCCUCCGGGAUUCCGCCAACGAGUUUGAGUUGCGAUACUCCCGCGCCUUCAGCGAUCUGCACAACCAGCUGCAUAUCACGCCGGCCACAGCUUACCAAAGCUUUGCGAACGUGAUGGAUGAGGUGUUCCGGGACGGCUUCAACUGGGGCCGCAUCAUAGGGCUUUUUGUGUUCGGCGGGGCGCUGUGUGUCGAGUGUGUGGAGAAGGAGAUGAGUCCUCUGGUGGGCAGGAUCGUAGAGUGGAUGACCGUCUACCUGGACAACCGCAUUCAGCCAUGGAUCCAGAGUCAAGGAGGAUGGGAGCGAUUUGCUGAAAUCUUUGGGCAGGACGCAGCAGCAGAGAGCAGGAGGUCUCAGGAGAGUUUUAAGAAGUGGCUGCUGGCGGGGAUGACCCUGGUGACCGGGGUUGUGGUGGGCUCACUGAUCGCCCAAAAGCGCCUGUGAGAGGAGAUAGACGAAAACCCUCUUAACGCUCGUCUCCCACGUCCCUCUCCACCUGCCUCCUUCAACACCCUCAGCUUACACACCGCGAAAGUUAAAAUGAAGGUCCUGUUUGUCUCCUCAGAACUGCUGAUGAUGUUUACUUUACUUUUCCCCCCGGACUGAGAAUCCUCACAUUGUUGGACUUUGAGAAAAAGACAGAGAAGAGGAGGAGUUACAAUUAUUCAUGUUUCCACCUUACGCCCACCCUGGUGAAAAAUGCAUGGUUAUACAGAGACAGGCAUAUUAUUCUUUAAUUCAUUAAAUCACCGUUCUUUCUGUUCCCUUUCUCCACUUGUUCCUGUAUGAUUUUUUUUUUUCUUUUUGUAUGUGUGUUUUAGUUUUAACAAAUUUUUGUUUCCCAUUUUCAUCCUCAAAAGAGGCAAAAAGAUUCCAGUCUCCACAGUUAACCCAGACCUGUCUGAUAUAAAGAGCCAGCCUGAGCUGCUCUACAUGUCUCGUCUUGAAGCUUGUUUUGUUGCACGUCCCCACACACAGCUCGACAAUAGCUUUGUAUGUGCCAUAUGGAGAGUAAAAGCAGGGACGGAUGUAGCACCUGCCCCUGAACAGCUUCUGUAGUUCCCAUUCCCUGCCAGCCGCCCUGAUCACCAACACAUACAGUGUAACAUCAUAAUCCAUGACUGCAUACACGGAUUGUUUUGUCUUGCUCUGUGCUCAUGCUUCUAGGUUUUGUAUGAAUGAUACAUGAAAAGGAGUCAAACAGACUUUAGUUAACAGAACAUGGGAGUCUUCAACUAAAAACCUUGUGGGAAACUAAAUCCUCUGCUUGUUUGUGUUUGUUGGUGCGUUUGGUUUUUGGAUUUGUGAAACAUUGAAACCCCACUGCUCCCGCUGAUCUGUGCUUCAUGGUCACACUUGGCCUUGAUCUGAUCCUGAUUGUGUUUAGUCAGCCUGCUGACUGCCAGAUCACCAUGUGUGUGGCAACUCCUCAGAAUCAGUGUGACUGCAUUUCAGACGAGCAGCGUGCCGUGGCUCAGACCUUCCGUGUUUACUUCACAGUAGCUAAAGAAUGCAGCGAAUACUGUAGCAACACACACACACACACACACACACACAGAUGAGAGCGGCACCGGUCACAGCGACACUCAGACGACUCGGAAAGAUCUUUCAACAGCAUGAAAGACUCUUUCAUCUCGACAGUCUUCAGGGUUGAUACUUGGAUAUUUGAAUAUUUGGAUGUUAAGCUGUCAUUUUGGUUACACUUUACUUUAACCCCUUCCCCUCCAUUUAGUUUUUAUAAACAACAUAAAAACAAGCAAUAAAUGGUUUAUAAUACACUAUAAAUGUAAUUGUGAGCAGCUAUAAGGUUUUACUAAUGUAUGUGUUGACAAUUACGGCGUCUGUGAAGCAUCCAUUACUAGUGCGUUAACAGUUAAUGAAUGAUUGACAAUAUAACGCAGCUUCAGUUUAAUGUUCUCUAUGAUUGAACACCAACUGUGUGUUAUCAGAAGUUUUACAAUUCACUCUUAGGCGGGAAAAAAACAGAUAGUGAUAAAUUAUAGUGAUAAUUUUUUUUCCUUAAUGUGACCAAGAUACAAACAAGUGGCGAAAUUAGACAAAAAAAUAUAAAAAUAAAAAAAACUUGUCAGUGCUCUCUGGUGACACUGUCCAACUCAAGAACCAGUCAGUUUUACAUUCCUGCUCCUUGUUGUCACUUACCAGCGAACAUACACAUUGUCAAUCAAUUAUUCUCUGUUCAUACUCCAGUUAUGGAAGUUUCACAGGAGCCAACUGAUGAAACGUUAAUUAACACUUAAAAUGUCUGUCUGGUUACAACCACUUGAUGGAGGAAAUAACUGAUAAUUAGAAAGCAAAAAUGACAACAGUUAGUUAAUGAUUCUCAAAUGUUAAACUUACCCCUUCUGUCUAUAUACAAUAAAAAAAAAUAAUAAUAAUGAUAAAAUGAAUUUCUUUGGGUUUUGGAUUAUUGACAGACAAUUUUCAGUUGCAUUUUAUAGAAUAAACGAUGAAUCAAGUCAUCAAGAAAAUACCCAUUAGUUGCUGCCAUAGUUGUUUAUAUACACUGCUCAGUAUGGUGGUGGGGGGUUUAAGUAAAGUAUCAGUCAUUUUAAGUUUCCUAAUCAUGUGCUGCACUGAUCAAACAGAAAACUAUUUUUGCUGUUUUUUUUCCACCGUGUGCUAAUUCACUAAUCAUUUCCAUUAGUCAGAUCCUACAGUCAGAGUUAUGUUUCAUGUUAACGUCACAGUAAACAUCAGUUUAUGUAGCAAACUGCAGCAGCAGCUGCCUGUGAGGAGACAAUGCAGUUCUGCUUCAGAGGUUAUUUGGUUUGAAUUUGAUGACAAAUGUGUCAGAAUGUGUCUGUUCACCAUCUUAAACAAAUCAGCAACUGUCUGUGGCGGCAGAUGCGUAAAACUAGACACCCGAACCUUCAUAUCUCAUCUCACACACACUCACUCCUAGUUAUCCACACGUUACUUUCACAGUCCAGCCCCUCCACUUCCCCGCCUCGUCCUCCCCAGACACCUCAAAUCUGUCAAAUCUCCAUCCGUCUCUCCUCCUCUCUCCCUCUCCAUCCAGCUCCACCUCUUCCUCUGCGGUCCCCCGGCUGUCACUGCACCUAGUCACGUGUGUCAGUCACAGCUGGCCCACCUGCUGCUUCACAUAAACACACCUCGGCACGCACAGACACGCUUGUAACACACACACACACACACACACACACACACACACACACACACCCGCCAAUCAGAUGUAGUCCACAAGAGACAGGGAGAAGGAGACCUCGUCUUUGUUUCUCAACAUCUUUCAAUCUUUAAUUUAAAGCUGGAGUCGGAGGAGUGUUUGUCGCCAGGCGUUUCACGCAUCAACAACUGGCAGCUCGAUUAAUUUACUGGGAAGGGAGGGAAAAGAGGGGUGGUGGUGGGGGAUGUACCCCUCCCCAUUCCCAGCAUCUUCCAACUGCUUCAAAUUUGAUCUUAUUUCAAAUCCAAUCUGCAGCUCACAACAAUAUGUCCCGGUGUGCUAAAGCAGAACAAUAUAAAGCACAAUACAGCUUCAGUGCAGGACCGACAGGCGCCAUCUGAAGCUCAUCAAACAAGAGUUCAGCACUAGAUUCAACCGUGUGGAGCCACACAGAGAAAACAUUAAAGGAGGGGAGUGUAAAGAAAAUAUCUGGAAACAUCCAUCACUACACUGUCAGUGCAGCUGUGCCUCCAUCUUCAAAGCAGGAGUCAUCUCUCAUCUCUCAUGUUCACGUUUGCUCUUUUCCAUCUUUACAGAAUCAUGUACAUCUACCAACCGAUGUUUCACAAAAAUAAAAUGACAAAAAAAACCUGAUGAGUAUCCCCCUCUAAAUGCUUGUGUCCUGAGCAUCUUAUUAGCCAAGGUCUGCUCUCAUACAUUCCAGUACAGUAUAUAUAUAUUUUUCUAGUGUGUGCCCCACCAAGAAGCUGCUCGUAGGCUUUUCUCUGCGGUCCAGGCCCUCACUUAAACAAAUCCCCUUCUUACAUAUUAUGUGUGUGUGUGUGUCUGUGUGUGUGUCUGUGUGUGUCUGUGUGUGUGUGUGUGUGUGUGUGUGUGUGUGUCUGUGUGUCUGUGUGUGUGCAUGCGUGUGAGCUUUUGUUCCUGAAGGAGGCACAAAUGAAGGAAGCGUGACAGCAUUGGCACGACCCUAUAUAUAUAUAUAUACUUAUAUAUAUAUAUAUAUAUAUAUAUAUAUAUAUGCUAGUUAUUUAAACUAAUUAGAAUAGUACGUUAGCUUAGUAACAUAUUUAAGAAAAACAGAACUGAUGGCUUUUAAACAUUAUUUAUAUUUGGUGUAAAAAGCAUAUUUGGCCUUAAAACUAAAAACCAUCUUUCUAUUGGUGUGCAUUGUCAUUCAUUGUGCUUUUAUUUUGUAGGACUGUUGGACUGCUACUAGACGAGAAAAUGCAAAAACAAAGCAAGAGGAUAUUUUCAAAAGAGGAAAGUUGGGUCUCUGGUGCAUUUUUGUUGGUCAUAAGAGUCUAGAACAACCAUGUCCAAUGGUCUGUUUGUAUGUCUUAGAAUGGCAUUGUAAGAAUUUUUAAGUUCGUUUAAACCUAAUAAAGCCGAUGUUGGAGGA